AAUACAUACCAUUCACGCAAGAAUUACAUGCACACAGACACGUGUACGUAAACACACAUACACACAUACACACACACGCGCGCGCGCGCCGUCUGUUGCAACAUGGUGAAACAACCACUGCACCUGUGCACGCCACUGUUGCUCUCGUCCACACUUUCUGGUCGAUGCCAACGCGAUGUGUACCUCAAGCUGGAAUGUGUGCAACCGGGAGGGUCUUUCAAAGUGAGAGGUCUUGGUCGAAUGAUACAGAAGGCACAGAGUAAGGGGUUCUCAAAGAUUGUGUGCUCCAGCGGCGGCAAUGCAGGAAUGGCUGCUGCGUAUUGUGGGAAGUCCCUGGAGAUGCAGACAUACAUCUUCGUCCCCUCCACCACACCCAAGUACAUGCGCGACAGACUGCAGGCUAUCGGUGCUGAGGUUGUGGUGGCAGGUGAUGUGUGGGAAGAGGCCGACCUUAAAGCCAGACAAAUGGUCGACGCAGCGCCCACUAGGGCACUCUACGUGCCGCCGUUCGAUCACGCGGACAUCUGGGAAGGACAUGGCACUGUAGUGCAUGAAAUCAAACAGCAACUGCCGCAAGGAGUGGUCCCAGCCGCUGUGGUGGUGUCAGUGGGAGGAGGCGGUCUAUUCAAUGGCGUCGCACAAGGCCUUGAAUCGUCCGAUUGGUCGCACGUGCCUAUAGUCGCUGUGGAGACCAAAGGCGCUGAGAGCUUUAAUGCCAUGACCAAAGCACGUGCACUGGUGCGCAUCCCAGCCAUCACGUCACUCGCCAAGUCACUCGGCGCUAACUGCGUGUCACAGCGGUCACUGGACAUUGUGCUGUCGGGCAGACCGGUCAAAAGCAUGGUAGUAUCUGACCGACAGGCUGUGCUAGCCGUAGAAAGCUUUCUGAAUGACGAGAGACUGCUGGUGGAGCCUGCGUGUGGGGCUUCGCUUACCAUUGCGUAUAAUGAGAGCCUUCUGACCGAAGCAAUGAAAGACAACACGUCGACUGGCCCGAUAGUGAUUAUUGUAUGUGGCGGCAAUGCUGUUACACUAGAUGCGUUGCGCACGUGGUUAGACACAACGGCGUGAGUGUAGUAGAAAACUAGCCAGGAAAAUUAGAUUAGUUAAGAGUCUAAAUAAAGUUUCAGUGGUGAUAGGCUCAAUAUUGGGCGCGAACACAACCAA